AUGGAAGCGGCCGGAGGGCCGGAGCCGCCCGCGGGGCUCCUGGUGGCGGAACCCGCGCCCCCGCCGGCCUGCCGCUUCUUCCUGGAGGGCCGCUGCCGCUUCGGCGCCCGCUGCCGCCAGCCGCACCCCGGGGCGCCGGCGCCGCCGCAGCCUAGAAGCAAGGACGAACAAGCCAAGGCCAAGAAGCCGCCGCUGCGCACGGCUGAGGCCGUCAUCCAGCGCAUCCGCUGGGACCCGCGCCUCGACCCGGCCGACUUCUCCGUGGGCUACGCGGACCGCUUCCUGGGCGUGCGCGAGGAGCCCUUCCUUUCCUUCUGCUGGGACGAGCCGCUAGCGGCGCUCGGGCCGGGCGUUCUGGCCGUGCCGCAGCACCGGGUGCGCUACUUCCGCUUCCGCGGCCGCCUGGUUUGGGACCGCGCCUCGCGCACCGACCUCGUCUUUGGCUCCGGCUUGGCGGCCGGCCGUGGGCCCACCAUCCUGGACGCGCUCGACGGCGAGGACCCGCACGAAGCCGGAGGUGAGAGCGACGGCGAGGACGCGCGCCGACACGGGGACGCGCACGACGGCGGGGGCGCGCACGGAGUUGGAGGUGAGAGCGACGGCGUGGACGUGCACCGGCCCGGGGACGUGCACGACGGCGAAGGUGCCAACUCAGUCGGAGAUGCGCUCGGCGGUGAGGAUACGGACGGGACCGGAGGCGCACUGGACGGCGCAGCUGCCACCCGCCUUGGCACCGAUGCGGGGGGGCCCGUACAGCCAGCCCAGACGCGACUCCAGGCAGCCUUGGCCUCGGACGGGGGAAGCCCCGAAGCUGGGUGCCUGACGCUGGCAGGCGCAUUAGCGAGGACUCAGGAGCGGGAGUCGGUGGACCCUGGAGGCCAAGCUUCCCCGUGGAUGGCGCCAAGAAGGGCGCUGCAGCCAGCUGCCACCGCCGCCAGGGCCGUGGAGACCCGGGGAGGGAAGCCCUCGGAAGACCUCUCUGCGAUGGGAACGGAGUGGGGUCCCGGGGUCUGGCCUGUGGACCGAGGAGUGGCCGGGGCCGUGGGCCCUCGCCACCCCCGCCCCACGCACUUUGUGGCGCUCAUGGUUACGGAGCCUGAGCUGCGGGCCCAGGUGGCCAAGGUCCAGGAAGACCUGGUACGAGAUGCACCAGCUUGCGCGGCCUUCACGGUGCCGGCUGAGGCCCUGCACCUGACCCUGGCCCUGUUGAGGCUGGCGGGCCCCGGGGAGGCAGCGGCCGCUGUCACUGCGCUCAGACACGCGCUCUCGGACCCCGGGCUUGAGAUCCCUCUGAGGCUGAGGUUCGGUCGCCUGGUGCGCCUGGGCUCCCACGUGCUCUGCGCUCCCCCGUCCCCACCGCUGGAGAACCUGGCCCAGAGGCUGAGCCAGAGGCUGGAGGCCGAGGGGUUGAGAGUGCUGCAGCCCCUUGGGGGGAUACGCCCCCACCUAACCCUGGCCAAGGUGCCCCAGGGCGCCCAAGUCUGCCUCCCCGAGGUCAGCCUGCGGCAGGAGCUGGGGAGCCAGCCCCUGGGGACACUGUGGCUGUGCCGCAUGGGCAGGGCUGGGGCCACCUACCAGGCCGUGGCCGAGCUCCCCCCGGGAGGUCAACCCCAGAAAUAA